AUGGCGGCUACUCAGGACGAAGCAACUGGAGAGACAACCAGAGUCAUCACAGGAGCACAAAAUCCUGUCACUCAGCAACAACGACAAGCUGUGGAUCCCUACUACGUUAAUCCGAAUGAAAACCUGUCUCAAGGUAUUAUUUCUAUCAAACUCAACGGAACCAAUUAUCAUGUAUGGAGUAGAUCAAUGCGAAUAGCACUCAAGACCAAGAAGAAGCUUGGGUUUGUUAAUGGCACCUUACCUAUGCCUGAACCAACAGAUCCAGAUUAUGAAAUCUGGGAUCAGAGUAACACCAACGUAAUGGGUUGGAUUUUGAGUUCAUUGAUUGAUCCCAUAGCUGAGGCUGUGAUGGAUAAUGAGACUACUCAGGACUUAUGGAAAGAUCUGCAAGAAAGAUAUGGAGAAGCAGAUUCAGUUAGACUAGCUCAUGUUAAAGGGCUAAUUGCAUCUUGCAAACAGGAGAAGAGUACCGUGACUGAGUACUAUAACAGACUUGGUGUGUUCUGGACAGAAUAUAUGUCAUUCAAGUCCAUUCCACCAUGUGAAUGUGGUGAUGCACCUCAUACCAUGAACUGUGUGACAUAUGCUGCUGUCAAGGAAUCUCAUGAGCAAGAUCACACUAUCGACUUCAUCAUGGGCCUGAGUGAUGCUUUUGAAAUGACCAAGAACCAGCUUCUGAUGAUGGAUCCAGCUCCAAGCCUCAAGGUGGCAUACAAGUAUGCACUCAAAUUGGAAAGAAAAAUGACAAAACAACCACCCAAAGAAGCAGUAGGAGUGGAUUCAGUAGCAUUGGCAGCUGCAAAUCAAGGAAGAAAUAGAGACCAAAAAGCUGAGUAUCCAAGAGGUGGAAGGCAGAACACCUACCAAGGGAACUACCCUAACAAUCAACAAAGAGGAACCAAUGAAACAAGUGGAGGUGGCCAACAAAACUUAUUUUGUAACUACUGUAAAAGGACUAACCAUGUCAUUGCAGGCUGUUGGAGACUCAAAAGAAAAAGAGGAGAGUUGGCAGGACCAAACUUUGCGGGAGCAGCCACAUCAGGUGGUAGUCAUGAUCAGGGAAUCAAUAGCUUCUCAGCUGCAAAUGAACAAGACAACAGAAGUCAGAACACUACCACACUUCAGCUGACAGCUGAAGAUUGCAGCAGACUGAUGAUGCUGUUAUAG